GGUGAACAUUAUAAAUGUAUGUAUGGUUCGUUCUUGAUAAGGAUAAUAGUAGUAGAGAGACUGUGUGUGUAUUUUGUUAUUUUGCGGCAACGACAACGGCAUUAUAUAUUGCAUAGUUGAGCGUAGCCUAGGACAAAAGGUAUUAGAAAGCUGACAUAUCCGAAUGCUCAUUAUCAAACUAAGAUUCCGCCUGCUUAUAAAUUACCACCAAUUGCUCCCGAUGUUGCGCUCGAAGUUGAUGGUGUUGCUUUCAAUGUCAACUGCUUUAGGCACCCACUAUUCAGCUUGCCCAGUUAACGUGCGGCACUCAUUCCGCAUCUAUUUUCGUAAUUGUUGUCAGGGUAAUCUAAAUAGUGUAAUUAAUUUCUCAGCGCGCUGCAAGCUCACUCUAUUCCAAUCUAAUUCUAUAGAAAACCACCCAUAAUCUCUAAUAUUUCCAGGCACCCUAUUCCCGCCGUUAUCAUCAUCAGCUAUCCCUCAUCAGAUGAUCCUCUAUUAUAUAUUCUACCUGUUGGUGAAGUCUCUGGCGACGUCUAAGCACACUCUCUUUCCUCUCAUUUGAUAGGUCCUCGUCAUACUUGCGACCCAAGUUAUCAGUAAUCAUGUGAAGAUAGCCGUACUGUAUUCCGCUCCUGACGGCUGCUUGAGCCAUCAUCCCAAUCUCUGGAUCUACAAAAUCCACCUCGUCAACCAGUUCAGAGUGCCAACUGCGUGUUUCGUGCAAAACACUACCCAGCGUUAUGUGCAUACCGACAAUUACUGAAUCCUUUCCACAAUGCUCAACAGACGGCGCUAGCACAUUCUUCCACUUUACCAUGCGAUUAUUGACCAGUGACUGACUGCCGGUUGCUAGCCACUCGUUGGGCACGACUUCUGGCUUGAGGCCCCCAAGCUUACCGAGGUAGAUGACUUGCUUGAUUUGGAAACUGGCGGCAAGCUUGUAGAUAACCUCUCCUGAAAUGUCACCCCAGAACGCAGGCCUAAAUCCCAGGAAGGCGACUAGGCGACCGUUGAACGGCUUCAAAAUCCACUGCCAUGGGCCAUUACCGCUCCACUCCGUGGAUCCUGUGAGUCGUGGCAGAUGCCAAACCAGCCCGAGGAUAACUGUGUCCACCUUGUUUCCAGGGAACUGAUCAAUAUUAGUGGCGUGAAGGGCCGUCUGUAUGUCUGAGCAAGAGACCGGUAUAUACGAGACUCUCGAAGACGGAGUCAGGCUAUCACCUUGUUUUUCUCUGAGUUUGAGGUAGUUGGCUAUAAUCUCUGCAUAGUGCUCUAUGUGGUCGUAGCCGGGGAAACAUUCGAUAUAGAGCGUGUCGCCCUCAACACGGGCAGUCGGUCGUUCCCAGUUGAAUGGUUUAUCUCUCUUCUCCCCGUCGAAUGGGAUAGAUUCCGAAGAGUAGCGACAAUAGACUCCGUGAACUAUAAUCUCUCUAUAAGCUCGCUCUAGAACCGCUUGGUGGACCUUGAUUUCAAGAUAUUCCAGCAGUGAGAUGCCCAUCGUAUGAUUGUCUACAUCCGCAGUGUUUCGAGGUCGCAUCUGCCUACUCCGAGCAUUAUAAUGCCUCCCAUAGAACUUAGCCAAAAGAGGUGUAGGUGGAUCACAAGGGACGGAAACAUACCGGACUGAGCUGAAUUCAUUGUUCCGAGGAGGAGACGGUGGCCGGGAAGGCGUCUUUGGGACGUUGACCGGAUUUUCUCUGCUGAUAGCGGAUCCCAUCUUGAUAGAUAUAGAAAGAUGAUGUUUCAUACUUUCAAUAGUCUUUAUAGAUAGAAAACUAUAAGGUUUUGUUUGCCCUAUCUUAUCUCGGAGUAUAGCCAUGCAGCCAUAGAGCCCAACUAAGCGGCCCAACUGAUCAGCCUGACCAAGCAGCGUCAUUCGAGUUACACAAAUAGUAAGACUUCCCCGUAAAAGUUCCGAGCUGAGAGCCCUACAGAAUUGUGUGUCGGUGACCUCUUGCCUGGCCCUCUUCGGAACUUGUGGCCACCAAGUAUAUCAUUGGGCCCCAAUCGUUUCUUAUCUGAAUGAGGGCGAGGGGUUCUAGAGCUCCGUUUGUUUAAGACAUGGCAUGCAGCGGAUUACACCCACGCGUGGGCAUUUUUUCAAUCAUCAACGAUGAACAAGGCCGUGUACUUAUCGGCCGCCGGCUUAGCACCCUAGGAAAAGGGCAUUGGGGAUUCCCAGGAGGCCACCUUGAGCAGGGCGAGGACUUCUUUCACUGCGUAGAGCGUGAAACGCUGGAGGAGACAGGCCUACGGAUUCGAGCGACUAAAGUUGUCGGGUUGACCAACGACAUAUUUCCUGAGUUGAACAAGCACUAUGUCACCGUCUUUACAACGUGCGAACGAGUAGACCCGUGCCAGCAGCCACAGAGGUUAGAAAUAGAGAAAUGUGAGGGGUGGGUUUGGAAGACCUGGCAGGAGAUUGAGAGUAUGGCGAAGGGAGAGUGUGGGAAUGAAGAGCUGUUUUUGCCCGUAAGAAAUCUAGUGCGAGAGAACCCGCAGCUCAGAGCAAGUCUGGAUUCGUGAUUCCCGAUUUAUAAUUUGAAUUUUUUGUUACUGUGCAAUCCGAACUUCCGGCAAGGCGGGCCGCUCUCCUAUACCUGAGCCGUAACCCGCCGGUGCUCAGGGCUCUACAAAGUCUGAGGAUUGUUAAAAAUGGGCAAGUUGAUCAGUGGUACGACGGUGUUAACGCCACUCGGGCACCCAAGUCUCAGCAUGCAUAUGCCAAGCUGUAGAUGUAGGCAUCUGCCGGUUCGUGUAGUCAAGUCCACGUAGG